AUCCGGAUGACCCUCCUGGGUCGUUCGUUACGCGCUGCGUGAAUGAAAGCCGCGACGCAGAUGAUUGUGGAUUUCCCCGCGGCAUCGUGCAGUGCACUUCAUCAUGCCAAAGGUGCAGUCAUGGGUCACGGCGCAGGUUCUGUUGCAAACGAUGCUAGCUGUGUCUGCUGCCGGGACUGGGAUUGUUUCCGAAGGAGGACAACUGGCCCAAACGAUGCCGUCGACAACGCCACCACCGCCGCCGUCAUCCAGCUGGGACGUGGCGGCGCCCAUCGUGUACGUCACCGUGGGCACUGCGCUGAGUUGUACGUUGCUCAUGUUGGUUUGGCGGUGGCGCAUGAAGCGACAUGCCCAAGUCAUGGCCGAGCACGACGGCAUGUACAAACUAGUCGACGACGUCGGUUCGCACUCUAAAGCAUGUCCAUGAAUCGUUUGGUUUGUCGAG